UCGUCCUCUCCCCUGCCUCUCCCACCUAGCUAUAAAUACGAACAGGCACCACCCCAACUCAGGAACAACGCAUACGAAGUUACGAACACAAGCGGGAGUGCGGGACACGCCUCUCCUCCACUGAGGGUUCGAGUUCUCGUGUCAUCUAGCUCUCCUUAAUUAGCCCGUGCUCGUCAGCUCUGCCGAUCAGCAGACCAUCGAACCAUAACCGACAUGGACUUCACCGGAGACGCCGACGGCUUCGCCCUCGAUUUCAUCCGCGAGCACCUGCUCGGCGGCGGCCCCCUGGCCAGCCCUACAGUUUCCAACGACGUUGCCUUCCCUGUGCUGCCACCUCCGGUGGGCGAACCGGCGUUCCAGCCCAUGUCGUUCUUGCCCCACCAGCAGCAGCAGCAGCAUCAAGGAUACAUAGACCUGCCGCACGAGUACACGGGCGCUGUUCCGUCUGCCGCUGCGGUUGGCGAGGCGGCGUUCCGGGCGCAGGAGCCGGCGCCACCUGUGAUGAUGAAGUUUGGGAGCGAGCCAUCGUCACCUGUGACUGUGAAGCAGCCGCUCACCAUCUCCGUCCCUCCAAGCUCGUACGCGUGGGCGGCGUCUGCCGCCGCGCCGGCAGCGGCCGCGGUCGUCGAGAACUUCCGCAAGUACCGCGGUGUGCGGCAGCGUCCGUGGGGCAAGUACGCGGCGGAGAUUCGGGACCCCAAGCGCCGGGGUUCGCGCGUGUGGCUCGGCACCUACGACACGCCCGUCGAGGCCGCGCGCGCCUACGACCGCGCCGCUUUCCGCAUGCGCGGCGCCAAGGCUAUCCUCAACUUCCCUAACGAGGUCGGCACCCGCGGCGCCGACCUGUGGGCCCCGCCGCCUCCUCAGGCGAGGCAGGCCGCCGCGGCGAACAAGCGGAAGCGGCAGCAGGAGGACCCCGACGUCGAGGUUGUCGCGGUGGUGAACAAGGCAGUAAAGAUUGAGGCGGCGUCGUCGCCGGCCCAGGUGUCCUCCUCGCCGACGUCCAUGUCGACGCGCGAGACCACAGAAACCGCGUCGUCUACGGUGACGUCGACCACGACGGAGGCGGGCGCAGGUGGUGAAGGUCUCCCUGUGACGCCGUCGAGCUGGAGCUGGGAAGAGUUGCUCGGCGGCCUGCCACCGCUGUCACCGCAUCCGGCGUUGGGGUUUCCGCAGCUCACCGUUAGUUAAAGGGCCACGACUGCUAAUAAAUGAUUACUCGAGGAGGGUUAACUGAUAAGGCCGUGUUUGGAUAGGCAAGGAUUCGGCCGUCUUUUGGAUUGCAAAUUACUCCUGGAGUUGUUCAUUUUCCUUCCAAUCCAAGGGGAUCGGGCCGAAUCCUCCUCCGCCUAAACAAGCCAACCGGUUAUUAGGUGUUAACGUCUUGUGUCUUGGACCCUUGAUCUUUGGAGAUUAGUCGAUUAGGAGCUGUUUAUAAACGAAGAAACGAUCAUGGACUAGUACUUGAUCAUGAAGGAACGGAUAUAGAGAGGUGCGUGCGGAUCGUCGAUCGAUGCUUGUAACUUGAUUCGAGUUCAAUUUGUUUGAUGAAGU